AUGGGGAAUAACAACAGCCGCGGGGGCGGGCGUCCGGGUCACGCUCCAGGAGGCGCGAGUGGCGCGUCGAAUUUCGUUUCUUCCCACCGGUUAGCAUCACCAGCUUCUUCCGCGACAAAUCCCCAUAGCAAUGCGACUCCCAGUGAGUCCCCUAUUCGGGGCCACUGCUAUGCGUGCGAUGCCAGGGGACCGGCUACACUUGACUCGGCGUCCGGCGACCUCCGGUGUGACAGUUGCGGCGCCGUGGGUUUUGUUGAACGUCUUGCAGACGGUUCAGUCUCAGGUUCUUCAGCCCCUCCCUCGUCUUCAUCAGGAGUUCCGUCGGGACCAACUGUGUCUGUAGCCACUGCCCCGGCGGCCGUGGUCGAGAAUGCAUUCGGCAUUCCGGUGGCAGAUCUGAUGGCUCAACUUAUUGGGGGUUUGGCGGAGCUCCAGUCCGAUGAUCCCGGCAUGUUUUUCUACGGUGACGGAGAAUUCGAACAUGCGGCAGGCGGCAGGCCUUCGUCGACUCGCUCUUCUCGGCAAGGAGGCUCGCUGUGUCCACGCGUCGUCUUCGGCUCUGAGCAAGAAAGGCAACAACAAGAAGAUGCUCGGCGAAUGAUGCAGGCUGUCUUCGGGACGACUGACGGGCCAAGGGCCUUCGGGGGAGGAGUUAGCGACAACGGCGCGGCGCAGAAUGCCGUCGCAGGCCAAGCCCCGUUCAUUCAAAUCGGAAACCUCGUUAUGCAAGUGUUGAACCAGGCCCUUUCGGGCGGCGCAGGAUUCGGCGUUGGCGAGGAAGCGAUGGACCAGAUCCUUACGAUGAUCAUGCAGAACGACGUUAACCGAUAUGGAUCGCCGCCUGCUGCCGCGUCCGUCAUCCGCAGCCUGAGAGAAGAAACUCUGACAGAAGAACAAGCGAGAGAAGCCGGACCGUGUGCAAUUUGUCAAGAAGACUACCGGCGAGAAGACGUCGUACACAGACUGACGGAUGACUCCUCGCAGUGCUCCCAUAUCUUCCACCGUCAGUGCAUCAUCCCUUGGCUCGAACAGCACAAUUCCUGUCCAGUGUGUCGGUUUGAACUGCCGACCGACGACGCCGCAUACAAUCAACGACGCGCUGAGCUCCGGAACCGAGUUCGAAGCACUCUGUCAUCUGUCGCGGCUGCGGCAACGAAUCCGUCCUCUUCCUCACCAGCCCCAGGUCCGACUGAGCCAGCUGGGGGGGAGGGCGAAACGGUUGAUCAAGAAGCGGAAGGGCGCCGUGCUUCCGCGUCUUCUUCGCGACCGGAUCAAGAGGCGACGGAGGGAGAGAGGGGACGCGACGGAGAACUCCAAGCUUCAGAGGUGACCGAAAAGGAUGAAGAACCGCCGUCCGUGUCGGCUUCUGCUCCCACGUCCUCUGCUACGGCGACAGCUCCGUCCUCUUCUUCCUCUUCUUCCUCUCCGAGAUCGGCCGCCUACUCUUGGGUAGCGGGUGGCUCCUCGUCUUCGUCGUCUUCCUCUCCCGCUGGUGCAUCGUCUUCCUCCUCUGCGUCUGCGAACGCGCACUCUGGGGGGCGUUCUUCCGCCGAGGCGUCUUCUGGAUUUCCUUCGUCUCAGCCUUUUCAAGCGUUCAGUUUCUCGACUUCGCAGCCCUCGUCCUCGUCUGGCCCGCGGCACGUCUUCCCUUCGUCUCCUCCCUUUUUCGGGGUGAGAGGCGGCUUCGGCCUCAUUCCCGGCGUGGUCCACUCUGCUCAGUUCCCCGCGCAAUUCUUCCCGGCGGCGCCUGGCUCGGCAGCAGGCGCCUCUGCGUUCGGCUCAGCCGCCUCCGGGCCACCGGGCGGUCCCGGAGGACAAGUCUUCGAGGCGACCGUCGGUUUCGACGAUCCUGAGGCUGCUCAGCAGCAGGUCCAGGCUAUGAUGCAGCAGAUCUUCACGGGGCUCGCGGGAGGCCCUCUUGGGCCCCAGCGGGAACAGGACGAGGGACGAAGCGCACAGCCGCGACGAACCGACAGCGGCGGGGACGGCUGUCGACAACAGUGA